AUGUAUGACAAGACACUUCGCGUGCGGGGUGUCCCCGUUAACUGGAGCGUCGAUGAUCUCUCCUUGUUUCUUUCGCAGCAUUACAGUUUUACACAAACAGUCACGUCGCUGGCCCGCGAAAUCGAUGGCCGGUCGCAGACUGGGACUAUCUUACUGCACGCUGAUUCAGCCACGCUCGAAGAACGUCAAGACAGACACCGGGGGGCGCUACGUCUUCCACCGUCCUCGGAUGGAUCAGCCCGACCGCAAUAUCUCACACUAGACUCGGACUUCCUGGGCAUCACCACACUCUUCGUGCCGGCCAAGGAGGACCACAGGGUAGAUAUCGUCGCAGUGUCGGGCCUCGGCGGUCAUGCCUUUGGCUCGUUCAAGGAGCGAGGUGGCGAGCACAUGUGGCUGCGGGACGCGCUACCAUUCGAUCUCGAGAACGACGCGACCGGUCGACCGAUGGCGAGAGUGAUGACCUACGGGUACAAUUCGUCGGUCGCGAACAGCUCAAGCACACAGAAUCUGGAAGACCUAGGAACUUCACUGCGAAGCAGCCUUCUCCCGCUGGCGGCUUCACAAAAACCACGGCCGAUUAUAUUUAUCGCCCAUAGCCUUGGGGGACUCGUGGUGAAGGAGGCAGGCAUUCCGCCGCAGCCGAGUACGUUAAUCGGGGCAGCCUACGGAAUCGUCUUCUUUGGGGUACCCCACGUUGGCAUGGACAUUAAGUCGCUGAUCGCCAUGGCCGGAGACGGGCCGAACCGCUUUCUUGUCGAGUCGAUUGGGGAUCACAGUUCACAGGUUCUCUCCGCCCAACAACGGGCGUUUAAUACAGCAUUAGGCGGAGAGGGCAGCUCGGAAGUCUUCUGCUUCUACGAGACACUGAAGUCGCCGACGGCGCAAAAGAUGACAGGCCCAUCGGCGGUGCUAGUCACGAAGUCCUCGGCGACACACGGCCGCUCUUGGGAAAACGGGCCCGAGCAUAUCUGUGCCAUCGCCCGCACGCACUCGGACAUGGUCAAGUUCAGGCCCCAUGACCACGACUACAACAGCGCCUGCGCGGUAUUACAAGGGCUCGCGCGACGGGCUCUAGAGCGUGGCGGUCGAGAUCCGGCGUCCAAUGUGCCAUUUCUCGUGCCUUACAUCGAGAAUUCAGAGUUCAUUGGGCGAUCUAACGUGCUAGGGAAGCUCAAGGAGCAGCUGGGUUUCGGUCAGCCUCCACGAGGUGCAGGAGUGAAACGGUGGUUAGAGAGUACCGACUCCGGGCGUUGGCUCAUGGUUCUGGACAAUGCCGACGAUGCGGAGCUCUUCUUCAAUGAACUAGCUGCGCCGACUGCUGCGGCUAGCUCUGACAGCAAGCUAUCAUGCUUCCUUCCGGUGUGUGCGCACGGUGCCAUACUUGUGACGACUCGAAACAAAAAGGUGGGCUCAUGGUUAGCCCCGGGGACCCCUCCUAUCGAAGUGGGCCAAAUGAGCGAGCAGGAAUCGGUGGGCUUGCUGCGGGGAAGUCUUCGACAGGCCGAUGGAGAAGCGGAGCUGUUGAGACUGUCUUCUCGGUUAGAACAUCUUCCACUUGCUCUCGCCCAAGCGGUUGCAUUCAUACAGGAGAACAGCAUCUCGGUCACCAAAUACAUGCAGCUGCUUGGCGAGAGCGACCAGGGCUUAGUGGAGCUGCUAAGCCAGGAGUUCAGGACAAUCGGGAGAGACUCAGAGGCCCCUCAGGCAGUAGCGGUGACGUGGAUGCUGUCCUUUCAGCAGAUAGAGCGGCAAAAUGCGUUUGCAGGGGAGCUCCUCUCGCUGAUGAGUCUGCUCGACCGUCAGGCCAUCCCGGAAGAACUCCUCUCGACCUACUAUGAGCAGCGCAACGCGAGCGCGAAAGCGGACGAACGGUUUGAGAGUUCCACGGUUCAAGGCAUACGCAACGCAAUCCGACUAGUACCGCGCAAGCUAUACUCGCGAAUACGUCUUUUCAGCCGACAGGGAAAUCCGCUAGAACCACCAAAUUCAUCUGCGCAGAGGGGGCAAACAGGACAAGUGAGUCGCGAAGUAGAACUUACCAAGGCAUUAGGCGUUCUGAAGGGGUUUUGUUUCGUGACGGAAGACAAGAACGGCAAUUUCGACCUGCAUCGGCUCGUACAGUUGGUGACGCUUUCGACGGUGUACCCAUACGGCAGUUUCGAGAAUCGUACCCUGUGCAGUGCGUAUCUUCCUCAUGCAAAGGCUGUUUUACAACUUGAGAUUGGCAAGGCGAAGUAUGAGCAAAGGGCACAGGCAUUCCUUCUUUUCUGCGUAGCAUCCUAUCUGGAUUUCGAGGGCCAUUGGGAUGAAGCAGAAGAGUUCAGCAGCGCAGCGGUAGAGAUUGAGAGAAGGGCACUGGGGAAGAAGCAUCCCGACACGCUAACAAGCAUGGGCAACCUGGCAUCGACAUACAGGAACCAGGGCCGAUUGGGGGAGGCAGAGGGGCUUGAGGUGCAGGUGAUGGAGACUCGCAAGACGAAGCUUGGGGCGGACCAUCCCGACACGCUGACAAGCAUGGCCAACCUGGCGUGGACAUUUUGGAAGCAGGGCCGAUGGGAGGAGGCAGAGGGGCUUGGGGUGCAGGUGAUGGAGACUCGCAAGACGAAGCUUGGGGCGGACCAUCCCGACACGCUGACAAGCAUGGGCAACCUAGCGUCGACAUACAGAGACCAGGGCCGGUGGGAGGAGGCAGAGACGCUUUUUAUGCAGGUGAUGGAGACUUUCAAGACGAAGCUUGGGGCGGACCAUCCCGACACGCUGGCAAGCAUGGCCAACCUGGCGUCGACAUUUUGGAAGCAGGGCCAAUGGGAGGAGGCAGAGACGCUUUUUGUGCAGGUGAUGGAGACUUUCAAGACGAAGCUUGGGGCGGACCAUCCCGACACGCUGACAAGCAUGGCCAACCUAGCGUCGACAUACAGAGACCAGGGCCGGUGGGAGGAGGCAGAGACGCUUUUUGUGCAGGUGAUGGAGACUCGCAAGACGAAGCUUGGGGCGGACCAUCCCGACACGCUGACGAGCAUGAACAACCUCGCCCACACUUGGCAGCAUAUGGAAAUGGCAUUGGAAGCUACUCAAUUAAUGCGCGAAUGCGUUCGCCUUAGCCAAC